UUUUUUUGCAAAGCAGUGUCAAUGUGUCAUACUGUCAUAAUUGAUUAACUCCAAUUAACACACACGUGUUUUAAAUAUAAAUUUGUCAAAUAAUUGACAAAAGAAAUAUUUUAUCUAAAUAUUUAAUAAACAAAUAUUUUAAAAAUAUCCAGGAUGGAAUUUACCGAGGAAAAAAUUGGAUUUAUUGGUGGUGGAAAUAUGGCUCGAGCAAUUGGAGAAACUCUCAUGCAAAAAGGAAUUUUCAAGCCAAAAAAUGUGUGGGUUUCAGCAAAAACUGAAAAAACACUUGCUUACUGGAAGAAUCUUGGUGCAAAUACAACAUUUAAUAAUGGGGAAAUUUUUGAUAAUUGUGAUAUCGUAUUUUUGGCAGUGAAACCACAGUAUUUGGAAGAAGCAAUAAUGACAACAGUAACUCAAUUUUUUUUCACUGGAACUGUUAUUUCAGUUAUUGUUGGUGUUACCAUUGAAAAAUUAGAAAAGUUGCUGAUGAAUACACUCAGAUUAGGUUCAUUCCCGAAUUUCAGUGUUUUCAGAACAAUGCCCAACACACCAUUAUUUGUUGGAGAAGGAAUAACAGUUUAUUCUGCUUCAAAAGACAAUUCAUGUAAGGAAACUAAAGAUAUUGUCGAACAAAUAUUUUCAAAAAUUGGAAUGAUUGAAGAAGUUGAUGAAAGUUUAAUUGACAGCAUUGGUGCAUUAUCUGGUUCUGGACCUGCUUACGCAUAUCAAAUGAUUGAGGCUCUUGCUGAUGGUGGUGUUAAAAAAGGUAUACCACGUGCUUUGGCAAUGAAAUUAGCAGCUCAAGUAUUUGUUGGUGCUGGUAAAAUGGUACUUGAAACUGGUAAACAUCCUGGACAACUUAAAGAUGAAGUAUGUUCACCUGGUGGAUCAACAAUUGCUGGUAUUCAUGCAAUGGAACUUGGUGGUGUUCGUGCAUCAUUGAUAAAUGCUGUUGAAGCUGCAGCAAAUAGAUCCAAAGAAUUAGGAUCAUAAAUUUACAAGCAAAUGUAUCAAGUAUUAAUUUUUAUAUUUUUAAAUUAAUA